GGCCUUUUGGUAUCUUGUUCAUCACUGAAUCGAGAACACAAUAGGAUUUAGUUAGUCUCUCACAUCAUCAUUGUCUUGUUUCUUUGUACACCUGUCCCCCUUUCCCUUACUCAUGAUUUCCUUGCAAUUUGAAAGCAAUUUCUAUCAUUUCAUAGAUCUUAACUCUGAGGCUUCUAUACUUUUGGGUUCAAACAAAAGGGUUGUUUAACUUAUUUUUCUUUUUUCUGAUUGGAUCUUGACGUUAGACUUUAUGCUUUUUCUUUAAAACCUCUUGUUUACUUGUAUUUCUGGAUAGGGAAAACUGGGAUGAAAUAAUAUGUAUAUUCUUGAAUGAUAGCAAAGGUUUCCUAAUCCUCGAGCCAGACCCAGACGGAGAUUGUCUUCAAGCGAAAAAGGCAGAAACGAGAAGAUGGAUCCUCACAAAAGUUCAUCAAAAUUCUGAUUUUUGUUAAGUUUAUAUGAGAUAAAAUGAAGAGUUUUGCUGGGGCUCCUGGUACACGGACUGGACUUACUCUGAGGUUGGCACAGUGCUUAUUUUCAGUUGGAUCAAUUGCUUCAAUGGCAACUACCAAAACAUUCUUCAGUUUCACAGCUUUCUGCUACUUGAUAGCCUCAAUGGGUUUGCAAGUAAUAUGGAGCUUUGGACUAGCUGUCAUGGAUGUCUAUGCCUUGUCCAAGAAGAAGGUUCUUCACAAUUCCAUUCUACUCAGCCUAUUUGCAGUCGGAGAUUGGGUUACUGCAACAUUAUCCCUUGCAGCAGCUGCUUCCUCAGCCGGCAUAACUGUGUUGUACUUUGAUGACUUGGGAGGUUGCAGCCUGGGAGAAGAAUGCACAAAGUACCAAAUGGCAGUUGCAUUGGCCUUUCUGAGUUGGAUAACUAUAGCAAUCUCCUCUCUCAUCAUGUUUUGGCUUGUCGCUGCAGGUUAGGUUUUUGUACAUCUUAAGGUAUUGUAUUCAUUGCGAGGUUUGUUUCUCACUUUUAAAGGUAAAAACGAACAACAAAAGUACGCGACAUGCAGAUACAUGUUUUGUUUUCGUAAUGUGAUAAAGAUUUUGUAGGUAGCAUUUGAAAAACCACUGCUUUAUGAUUUGGGUUGGUUUUGAGUGUUUCUGUUAAGCAUUUCAAAUUAUACAUUAAAAUGCAAUGGGAUUUGUUUAUCUGUGUAAAUGGAUUUUGUAAACAGAUUCUUUAAGGAUGUUUUGUUUGGAUA